CACUUGUGAUGCACUUACAGCAAUAAAAUCUCAAAAACAACACCAAAGAUGCAUCGUCUCAGAUACAUUGUCUCCUUCCUCAUCUGGAGAUACAGAAAAGGUCACAUCCCUUGUGAGAGCUCAAGCAUGAUGGAAGGAGAGGGGAAGAAGAGUGAAGAGAAGAAAGAUGAUGGAGGAGCAGCUCUACGACCGUCACAACAUGAAGAACAAAAGGCCAAGGUGGUAUUUUGUUCAUCUUCUUCGUCGUCGUCGUUGUCUCCUACGCUUGAGCUCAACCUCAUCGAGUCGCUGGUCUCAGUACCCUCGGAGCCACCACCGGCGGAGGCAACAACCGAGUUGGAGCCGCGGGUAUUCCCCUGCAACUACUGCAGGCGGAGGUUCUACAGCUCGCAGGCGCUCGGCGGGCACCAGAACGCGCACAAGCGCGAGCGCACCCUGGCAAAGCGUGGGAGCCACGGCGCAGGCUUUGGCGAAGCCAACUGCGGAUACGUACCGAGCAUGGCUUCGUUGCCGCUCCGAGGGACGUACGCCGGCAGGCCGCUCGGCAUACAGGCGCACUCGAUGGUCCACAAGCCGCACAAAGUGACGUCACCGCCGCUGGCCGCUGCGAUGUUCUACGGCCAACAUGGCUGGUCGAUUUCUCCGAUAAUUAGCCGUCGACCGGAGGUAGGACGCAUCUCCACGGAGGUCAUCCAUGCCACAACAAUACCUCCGCCGGUGCAGCUCAACGACCCCGCUGCCGCCGCCGCCGCCGCCGCUGCUGAAAUGAUUCAAGAGGUUGGUGGUAAUCAUCUGAACAGUAGGCGAGAGAAGUUGCCUAAGCUUGACUUGUCCCUCAAGCUCUAGCGCUGUUGUCUCUCUCUCUGCCUCUCUCUGGGAAUGGGAAUGCUCCUAAUUUUCAGUCGGCUUAUGCAAUCAAUCUUAUAGCUUUAAUUAGUCCCCUUCUUUUG